UCCACAAGAGAGCUUUUGGGUUGGGUGGUCUCAGUGUCUCACACACUACUACUUUGUUUGCUGUGGAUCGGAGGCAAACGAAACACAAUGCCCCCCAAAUGGAGCUUCCACCUUCCAGCAAGAUUGGAACGCAACAAGCGAGCCAACACGUCCGCAAUGCCGCCCUCCUUCCUCCUCGCGCCAGCGCCACUCGCAUUUCCUCCCACUGCCCAAGCCCCACCUCGUCUUCUCCGCUCCGGCGCUAACCCCACCCACCUUCUCCACAGACACUACGUCACCGCUCCAUGGCCGCCAUCCCGGCGCGGCUCCACUACCACCUCGUCGUCGUCGUCGUCUUCUUCAUCCUCCUCCUCGUGCCGUCCCUCACCGCCGCUCAGUCCCGCGCUUUCGGAGGGCCGCCGCCGCCGCCGUACGCGCGGUACCUGGUCGAUGCGGCGGCGACGCCGGCGGUGGAGAUGUACGACUACAUCGUCGUGGGCGGCGGCACGGCGGGGUGCCCGCUCGCGGCGACGCUGGCGGGGCCCGGCGGCGGGCGGGUGCUCCUGCUCGAGCGCGGCGGCGCGCCCAGCGAGUUCCCCGCGCUCGCCACGGCCGGCGGGUUCGUGAGGACGCUCGCCAUGGCGGACCCGGCCCCGGACUCCGACGCGCCGGCGCAGGCGUUCACGUCGGAGGACGGCGUCCCUAACGUGCGCGCGCGGGUGCUCGGCGGCGGCACGGCCAUCAACGCCGGGUUCUACUCGCGCGCGCACCCGGAAUGGUUUCGCGGCCACGCCCAGGAUGCUGAGGCGACGAAUUGGGAUAUGCCGCUGGUGAACGCGUCAUACGAGUGGGUGGAGAGGCUGAUGACGUUCCAGCCGGCGGUGCACGGGUGGCAGGCGGCGGUGAGGGCGGCGCUGCUGGAAGCAAAUGUGACGCCGUGGAACGGCUUCACGGUGGACCACGUCACUGGCACAAAGGUCGGCGCCACGACCUUUGAUGCAUCAGGCCGACGGCGCAGCGCCGCGGACCUCCUUGCGUUUGCGCGUCCUAGCCGUCUCCGUGUUGCCGUCCGAGCUACAGUUACGCGCAUCAUGACCAACCCGAUUGACCCUGCUGCGCGCCGUGGAAGGUUUCCGCAACCAACAAUAGCAGCAAUUGGUGUUGUUUAUCAGGACCAUCUCCUUGAUCAGCACCAAGCCCUUCUGCGCCCAGGUGGGGAGGUUAUACUUUCAGCAGGUUCCCUGGGGAGUCCCCAAUUGCUGCUUCUCAGUGGCAUCGGCCCUGCUCCUGAUCUUUCCAACCUUGGUAUCCCUGUUUCUGCUGACAUCCCCGAUGUUGGCAAACAUAUGUACGACAACCCUCGCAAUGGCAUCUCCUUCAUCCCGUCAGUUCCUAUUGAUCACUCUCUUAUUCAGGUCGUUGGCAUCCCGUCAGCUAAUGGAACUGCCUCAUACCUUGAGGCAGCAUCAUACAUUGUCCCACUUGCUCCAGAGUUGAGAUCUUCUAGUCCUUUCCUUGGCUCGUCUUCUCCACUCUAUGUUACUGUUGCAACUAUCAUGGAAAAGGUUCCGGGACCAUUAUCUGAGGGUUCACUAUGGCUUUCAUCAACGAAUCCAUUGGAGAGUCCUGCUCUGCGCUUCAACUACUUGAGCCGUCCUGAGGACUUGGCACGAUGUAUCCUGGGUGUGCGUCAUGUGGCAGAAAUACUCGAGGGCAGAUCAUUGGACGGAUUUCGUUCGGCAGUUGGAUCGACAAAUAGAAGAGGGUCAGUUAGGAGGGAUUUCAGGAUUGUUGGGACAGCACUGCCAGUUGACUGGAGAACAAACGAUAUAGCUCUAGCAAAUUACUGUCAGCAGACUGUUGCAACGUUAUGGCAUUAUCAUGGAGGGUGUGUCGCUGGGAAGGUGGUUGAUAGGAAUUUCCGGGUAAUUGGUGCUCGUGCAAUUCGUGUGGUAGAUGCAUCAACGUUCAGUGAGACGCCUGGGACAAAUCCUCAGGCUACAAUUUUGAUGAUGGGCAGGUAUGUGGGCCUGAAGAUGAUUGAGGAGAGACACAGUAGAAGGCCAGUUAUACCGCCAUAGCCCCCAACACAUGAAAGAUUCAUCCACCAGCAAACAUUUCAAUUAACAUGUGUGGAGCGCAUCAUACUUUUCCUGUAACACAUACUUUUAGGGUUUUGACUGAGAUUGCUGUAUAGAUUAAUACUAGCAUGGGCAUCUUUUGCGUGUGUGUGCAUAGUGAUGUGAAGAGGGGAAGCAGAAACCGAGACUUGCGUAGAUAUUGCAUUUUUUUUUUGCUAGAAGAGAUAGUUACCGCAAGACAUGUCUUUUCGGAUGUUCUUAUGGGUCAUGGGUGUAAAGACUAGGAAUUACAUGCUUUUACGAGCAAUGAUAAUCCAUUAUAUUGGUAUUUGACCGGUAAAGAA